AUGGCCCAUAAUUCAUUUUCAUGUCUUGUCCAUAACAAUUUAUUCAUCACGAAGAAUUUUGCUACGUUCGGUCACUUUUCGAAAAAUAUUUCUUAUUUGGAUACAAAUCCGACUAGUAAACUCAGUCUCAAACUGUUUGACAACAUUGCAAAAAUUGAACAAGGCAUCGGUUUUGAAUUCUUGUUAUUGCUUGAUAUGUUGGUCAGGAUCAUUGGUAGCAUGGUCAUUUGUUUUGUGAUCAAUUGGAAAUUGACUCUGAUCAUGUUAUCUGUUUUACCUUUGGUUAUUGGUGCAUCAGUCAUAUUUUCAAAGAUUAUUGCUAAUGAAACAAUGAAUGAAUUGAAUACAUAUUCAAAAGCAGGACACAUUGUUCAAGAAGUGUUCAGUUCACUUCGAACUGUUCUUUCACUCAAUGGCACCAAAUUUGAACAAAGACGAUAUGAAAGAGAAUUGGAUCCAACUCGUUGGAGUAGUGUGCGUAAAGGUGCUAUAUUUGGUGUUUUUAUGGGUUGGAUAUCUGUAAUUUCAUAUAUAAUUUAUUCAGUUGGUUUUAUCUUUGGUUCUAUUCUCAUGUCUUAUGAAAGUAAUAAUACAUUAAAUAUUAGUGAUAUUCUUGUUGUUGUCACCAUCUUUGUACAAAAUAUGCAGUUUUUUAGUUCUGUUGGUCCUUUCUUCCAAUCAUUUUCCGAAGCUAGGAGUGCAGCAACUCAAGUAUUUCAACUUAUUGAUGAGGCACAAGAAACAAGUAUAAAUGAAGCAGAAAUAUGCGAAGACAGCAAAUCAGAUGAACAAUCAAUUAAUAUUAAUGAUGUACCUGUUUUGAGAAAUCUCAAUUUUAUUGCUCGUGCCGGUCAAACAACUGCUCUUGUAGGUUCAAGUGGUUGUGGAAAAAGUACAUGUAUAUCACUUCUUCUUUGUUAUUAUGAGACUACAUUAGGUCAAAUAAUGAUCAAUGGUCGAUCAAUUACAGACUACAAACUCAAACAAUUUCGACAAAAUAUUGGAGUUGUUAGUCAAGAACCUAUUUUAUUUGGUAUAAGUAUUUAUGAAAAUAUUCGUUUUGGAAAAAUAAAUGCAACACGAGCAGAAAUCGAAGAAGCAGCACAACAAGCAAAUGCGCAUAAUUUCAUUAUGCAAUUACCAAAUAAAUAUGAAACACUUGUUGGUGAACGUGGAAUACAAUUGAGUGGUGGUGAGAAGCAACGUAUUGCUUUAGCUCGUGCUCUUGUCAAACAGCCUACCUUACUUUUAUUGGAUGAAGCAACUAGUGCACUUGAUAAUGUCAAUGAAAAAAUUGUUCAAGAAGCACUUGAUCGUGCAUGCCAAAGUCGUACAACUAUUAUAAUUGCUCACCGGUUGAGUACAAUUCAAAAUGCUCAUUACAUAUAUGUAUUAGAUAGUGGAAGUGUUAUUGAGCAAGGUACACAUGAAACAUUGAUGGCAAAAGAAGGAGGGAAAUAUCAAAAAAUGGUUAAAAGUCAACAAAUAGAAAGAACAAAUGAUGAUUAUGAUCACAUCAUAAGCAUGACAAAAAAGGAUGAUGAAGAUGAAAAACAGACUUUAGCUGAACGCUCUCGUCUGCUUAGUGAUAUUCAAGCUGUUGGGGUGGACAAAGAGAGUUCAGUGUCGUCAAGUCAUCAGUUCAUCUUUCUGAGACUCUUAUCAAUGAACAGUCCAGAGUGGAGUACAAUUUUAUUUGGUUGUGUAACUAGUCUAAUGAAUGGAGCGGCGCAACCGAUCUUCGCGAUUCUACUAGCCAAAAUAGUUAAUGCUUUCAAAGAUUGUAUGAACUUUGAACGACAUCACCAAGUAUUGAUUUCCUGUUUUAUCUUGUUACUUAUGGGUGUUAUAAGUUUCAUUCUGCGGUUUUUUCAAUACACUGCUUUUGCUAUAUCUGGAUCAAAAUUAACACAACGUAUUCGUUCAAAAGCAUUUGCAUGUCUUCUUCGUCAAGAAGUUGCUUAUUUUGAUCAAACUGAAAAUAGUUCUGGAGCUAUUUCUACUCGACUUUCUACUGAUGCAUCAGCUAUACAAGAGCUGACUGGCUCACGAUUAGGAGUCAUCUGUCAAAGUUUUGCAAUGAGCUGUAUAGGUCUUCUCUUUGGCAUCUUUUUCAAUUGGCAACUGACUAUGAUCAUUUUCUUUUCUUCGUUCACCAUUGCGAUUCUUGGCUAUCUGUAUAUCCGCUUUAAUAUGUGGUUGAAUCAACAAUCUGGUCUCAUUAUCGAACGAGCGAGCUCGCUUGCAAUUGAAGUUAUUCACAAUAUGCGCACAAUAAAACAGUUGUCAGUAGAAAAGGAAGUUUUACAACAAUAUUCCAAACUUCUUCAUCAAAAUGUCAUAACAUUUCAAAAAUAUUCCUUGCUAACUACAUUGCCAUAUGGCAUAUAUUGGGCAAUCGAUGCAUAUACUUUAGCACUCCUGUUUUGGCGUGCUCUUGUUCUUGUUGAGCAGCACAAAAUAAACGUAAACAAUAUUGUUAUGAUCGCUGCCUUUGCUAUUUUUGCUACGCAAGCGUUCAAAUUCGUCAUAAAUAUGGGUCAACAAAUUGGCAGAUCCCUAUCAGCUGCAAAAAAUUUUUUUGAUUUAUUUGAUCGAAUACCAACUAUUGAUAAUACAUCAACUGAAGGACAAGAAUUAGUUGACUUUCAUGGUGAGAUAAAAUUUGAUCAAGUUAACUUUGCCUAUCCAACUCGACCAUCAACUGUUGUUCUGAAUAAAUUUCAAUUAAAUAUUAAACCAGGUCAACGUGUGGCUCUUGUUGGUGCAUCUGGUUGUGGAAAAUCAACAGUUAUUCAAUUAUUAGAACGAUUCUAUGAUGUUGGACAAGGUCAACUUCUUCUUGAUGGUAUUAAUACUCGACAAUUAAACCUUCAUUGGAUUCGUUCUCGUUUUGGUCUUGUUAGUCAAGAACCAAUUUUAUUCGAUUUAACAAUUGCUGAAAAUAUAACAUAUGGAUUAGAGAAUAUUCCAAUGGAAGAUAUUAUGAAUGCAGCAACAAAAGCUAACAUUCAUCCUUUUAUUCAACAACUUCCUCAAGGUUAUGAAACAAAAGUAGGGAUGAAAGGCAGUUUUUUGUCAGGUGGUGAGAAACAACGAAUUGCUAUUGCUCGAGUACUUCUUCGUCGACCUAAAGUAUUGCUCUUAGAUGAAGCUACAAGUGCCAUGGAUUCACACAAUGAACAAAUGGUACAACAAGCUCUUGAACAAGCUCAAACAGAAGAUCCUAGUCGAACAUCACUCAUUAUUGCUCAUCGUCUUUCGACUAUUCAAUCAUGUGAUUUAAUUUGUGUCAUCGACAAAGGACAUAUAAUUGAAAGUGGUACUCAUACAGAACUAUUGCAACGACAUGGAACUUAUUAUAUGAUGCUUACUCAAAAUAAUCCAUAA